UAUGGUCUAGAUUUGGGUUGACCAUGGCUGAACUCUUGAUGGGUGUGAGUCAGAUGGACCACUUGUAGGUUCUAAAGAUGUGAAAUGCAUUGCCUAUGAUGCUGCUUGGGAGCAUCAUGUACCCUCACUUGAUUUUAGAGACCAGAUUGCAAAAUUAGUUUCAUAUUUCUUCAGCAUCUUCUCUCUCUCUCUCUCUCUCUGUUGUACACACAGUGAUUUUUCAGGUGAGUUGAAUUUGAAUCAGCAAUGCAUGAGCUCUGCGAUCUGAGAAUCCUUGUAAAUGGGCAACACACAUUCCUUCUAAAUGAGAAGACUAUCUCAACAUUCUCGGGGAGAUUGAGGAAGAUAAUAAAGCAAGAGAAGAGAAAAACCCAGAUCAGAAACUCAGGAAUUGAAAUCGAUGAUUUCCCGGGAGGCCCAGAUGGGUUUGAGCUGGUUUCAAGAUUCUGCUAUAACGAAGGCAGAAUCCCUAUAACGCCAUCAAAUGUCUCCCUCCUCUAUUGCUCUGCAGCCUUUCUUGAGAUGACAGAGAAGGUCUCAAGCUGCAAUCUCCUGCAACAGACAGAAACCUUUCUUGAAGGGAUGUUCUACUGGUCUUGGAAUGAUAUAUUGAUCUGUCUCAAGAGCUGUGAAUCAUUCUUCUUGGCUGCCGAUUCAUCUGGUCUUCUUCAAAAGCUCGUCUGUUCACUUCUGGCAAAGAUUGCCCAGAAUUCAGACACAAUACUCAAUGCUUCUUCCCCUUCUUCUUCCUCAUCUCCUGAAACAACAUCUGGGUUUAGAUUCUCUUCAUCUGCCAAGACCACACCAGAAUCCAUGAAGCCAUGUUCUUCUGCAGGUAAGGCAUGGUGGUUCGAUGAUUUGACCAUUUUACCCCCCAAGAUCAUUGAAAAGGUCGUCAAGACGAUGGGUGCUUAUGGAACGGAGAACAACAGCCUAAUCCUCACCAAAUUCCUCCUCCACUACCUCAAAGCUUCUGUUCAGAGAAAAGGUGGUAUUUGGUCCAAGUUUGACUGUGGUGGACUUGCAGAUACAGCAGUACAUGGAGUAGUUUUGAUGGGAAAAACCGCUUUUUCUUGCAGAGGGCUGUUUUCAGUACUGAGAGUGGUUUCUGGUUUGGGUCUGAGCAGAGAAUACAGAGCUAGGUUGGAGAGACUGAUUGGUGGGAUGCUUGAUCAGGCAACAUUAGAUGAUUUGCUCAUUUGUGGACAUGAUGGGGGUGUUUACGAUGUGAAUCUGGUCUUAAGAUUGGUCAGGGUGUUUGUUAACGAUGACGGAUUGACGACACAGAAAUUAAAAAAGGUUGGGAGAUUGAUUGAUAAAUACAUGGGAGAGAUCUCUCCUGAUCAGAAUCUCAAGAUUUCAAAGUUUCUUGCAGUUGCAGAGAGCUUGCCUGACUCUGCUAGAGAUUGCUUUGAUGGUGUAUACAGAGCUAUUGACAUCUAUCUUGAGUCACAUCCCACACUUUCUUUUGAGGAACGGUCAAGGCUAUGUAGAUGUCUGAAAUACGAGAAGCUAACGCUGGAAGCCUGUAAAGACCUAGCGAAGAACCCUAGAAUUCCUCCGAGGGUUGCUGUGCAAGCGCUCGUCUCUCAGCAAUCCAAGGUACAGCAGAGCAAUGAUGUUGUCCCGGACAGUCCGAGCCCAAGUGAGACGCAGUUGGUUUUGUACAACGAAUCGGAUACCGAAAAGUUUUCAGGGUUUUCCGAAGAGAAGGAAGAUAUGAAGAUGAAUUUACAGAGGAUGCAAUGGAGGGUGGUUGAAUUGGAAAAGGUGUGUAGAGAGAUGAAAGGUCAGAUGACAAAGAUUGUGAAAAAUAAAGUCAUCAAUGCCCCUGCUCACAAUAGAGCAUUACCUAGACUAUGUUGAAUCUUCCUCUCUCUCUCUCUCUCCCUCUCCCUCUCCCUCUCCCUCAAAGAGUAUAUGUGUUCAAUUGUAAAACAUUGUAUUUUUGUGAUUUUUGAGAUAAAGGGUAAUUUUGAAAUUUUGUGUUUUUUUCUUUUUUUUUUCCUAUUGAAGCAUUUAAUCCAGGGGAAGGAGUGUAUGGUGGGUAGGAAACAGUGGGGAUAGGAUGGAUUUAUUUAGUGAGUUUGGGCCACAAGUACACUUAAAACCCAGAAUUU